AUGAAUCGACGAAUUAUCUUUAUGGGGUACAGCUUAUCCAGCUCAAAAUGCCUCGGUAUUUGUUUGAUGUUGACUUUUGUAACGGGGUGUUAUUUGGCUGCUUUACCUCUUCGAUACGAGCGAGAGGCCCUACCUAACCCAGUACGACAACGAAUAACAUCAUUAGAACCAUCGAAAAAACGUCUUGCAGUCCUCGUGCCUUUCCGUGAUCGCUUUGAAGAACUCUUAGAAUUCGUACCACACAUGUACAGCUUCUUAAACCGCCAAAAAAUACCAUUUCACAUAUUUAUAGUGCAGCAAAAAGACAACAAUCGUUUUAACAGAGCUUCGUUAAUCAAUGUUGGGUUUAUCUACUCUAAAAAGGACUAUGACUACAUAGCAAUGCAUGAUGUGGACUUAUUGCCAAUGAAUGAUAACUUAAAGUAUGAUUAUCCUGCGGUCGGACCAAUGCACAUAUCGUCUCCGAAGACGCACCCGAAAUAUCACUAUGAUACAUUUAUCGGAGGCAUUUUGUUAGUGACCAAAGAACAGUAUGAGUUAGUCAAUGGGAUGUCUAACAACUAUUGGGGGUGGGGAUUGGAAGAUGAUGAGUUUUACGUGAGAUUAAAAGAUGCAAACUUGACUGUGAUGAGACCGAGCAAUAUUACUACUGGGAUUGAUAAUACUUUUAAACAUAUCCAUGAUAAAACAUAUAGGAAACGUGAUAUGCGGAAAUGUUACAACCAACGCGAGGUAACCCGUCGCCGUGAUCGUGAAACUGGCAUCCACGACGUGUCAUACAAAUUGCACAAUACUCACACCGUAGCGGUCGACGGGUUAAACGUCACAGUUUUAAAUGUGGAACUCAUUUGUGAUAAAAACAGAACUCCAUGGUGUCAGUGUCCGGAACCUACAAAGGCAGCUAAGAAAAAUUGA